AGUCAUGGACUCGUGUCGUGUCCAAGUCGAGCAGUUUCUGGACUGGAAUGCAGUCUUCCCUUUCCCCAGGCCCACCACAACUACACAAGGCCCUGCGAUUCUUGUUCACAAAGUCUUUGAUCUGAACCCUUCCAGGUGAAAAAAAGAAGAGAAGAACGACGGUUCAAACAGAGCAAAUCGUUUUGCUAGUGCUUGAGCGUUCAGCGGCGAACCCGGCCACGGCUUCGCUUGCUGUGGGAAUUCCUGAAGAGAAGCAUGGCAUUUUUGCUAGCCGGUGGAAAAAGCGGCAGUAGCAGUGGAGAGCCAGUCGCCAAUCUCCUGUCGCAGUUUGGGCUUCCAGUCAGUGAUCAUACUGUGAAGCUCGCCGAGGCGUUUGCCGACUAUGCCUGGGCAUCUGACACCAAGGGAGGGAAGGAGGCUGCCGAAUACCUGGCUGGUAUGCGUAUCCUGGGCCUGCUCUUUAGCCAGUUAUCGGGUGGCGAGGAUGACGUGCACAAGCUCAAGCUCAUCUACUUGCUUCGUGUUGAAACUAUGAAGUCGAUCACCGAUUACGUUAAUUCUCAUGCGCGUACACCGAAGGCGGAACUGGAAAAUGAGGUUCAGCGCAGGCUUGCUGUAUUUGCGCAGCAGGUUUUACUCAUCGAUGAGGGAAUAAUCAAAUGGAAAGGUGGCGCUGAUGGCGGUGGAGCUGGAGAACUUAAUCUGCCGAAGGGUGGACCUGGUCCUGCGGUUCCUCCUGCCGCUGGAGGUGGUGGAGGUAGGCAUGCGCCCGCGUCUGGACGCGGAACACAGCGCACAGCACCAGCGUCUAAGCCAGCGGCAUCUAAGCCAGUCGAGAAAUCAAAGCCAGAGAAAAGUGGCGGUGGAUUAUUUGAUGGAAUUUUUGGAUCUAAGUCAUCAUCAGACACCACUGAUUCUAGCAGAUCGAAACAGCAAGCAGCACCUAAAGCCAAAACCCAGCAACCACCAAGGGACUCAAGUGCUGGCUCAAGAUCCAGCUCGAGGGCAAGUCGACAGGAACCAGCACCUGCACCAAAAGCUGCCGAUCCGAAACCGGCAAGGCAAGUUGCAGCAACACCGAAAGCUGUACCGGCGCCAGAGCCAGCAGCACCGCCACCUAAACCAGAGCCUGUCCAUGUCACCGUCCCUGUCAGGGGUGUUCACCCGACCGUGCUCCCGUCAUCCAGCUUUGACGUUGCAGCCGACGUCGAGGCGUUGCGAAAAGCCAUGAAGGGAAUGGGUUGUGAUGACAAGGCAAUCAUCAAUGUGCUAGCCUAUCGGUCCAACGACCAGCGGCAAGAGAUCUGUAAAAGAUUCAAAGCGGCACAUGGCAAGGAUCUACCAAAUGAACUUGAGGGCGAGCUGCGUGGCAGCAUGGAGGAUGUUGCCUUGGCGUUGGUCAAGACUGCGUACGAAUAUGAUGCAUACCUGCUACGCAAAGCAAUGAAGGGCUUGGGUACGGAUGAAGCAGUACUCAUUGAGAUCAUGGCAUCCCGCUCAUCGUCUCACCUAGAAGGUGUGCAACAGUGCUUCCAGCAAAUGUAUGGAAAGGACCUCCUGAAGGAGAUGAAAUCCGAGACGUCUGGCGACUUCAAGGCAUUGCUAGCUGCCCGCUUGACGGUGAAGCGGUCAGACGAUGGCAAAAUUGACCUGACUGCGGCAAGGGAGGAUGCACAGGCACUUUAUGCAGCUGGCGAAGGUAAAAGAGGAACCAACGAGGCAAAGUUUGUGCAGGUGUUCUCGACGAGGAGCAGUGCCCACCUCCGUGCUACAUUUGACGAGUAUGACAAGAUGUCCAAGAAAACAAUGGAGCAAGCCAUUGAUAGUGAAACAUCUGGAGAUUUCUGCUCUUUGCUGACUGCGAUUGCAAAAUGCGCACGAGAUACCCAGGCCUACUUUGCAGAGCUACUGUACACGUCUAUGAAGGGCAUGGGUACGAAUGACGACCUGUUGAUCCGAUGCGUCGUUAGUCGUUGUGAAGUCGACAUGGUCGAGAUCAAGCAGUCCUAUCAGCAAACGUAUGGCAAGACACUGAAGGCCGACAUUGAGGGUGACUGUAGUGGUAACUACAAACGCUUCCUUCUGGCGUUGAUUGACGAAUGAUGCACUUUCAAGCACUUGCGUAAAGUUGACCUACAAAUCUGAACCUAAUGCUGCAUUACUUACUCCAAGCAACAAACUCGCAAUUUGCUGUGUUUACUGCUCACCCAUGUAUUUCAUGCAGUACGCGUAGCUGCUUCGAUUAUUCCGAGCCACCAGUUGUAAUUCAGGUUAUUCGGAGUAUUAAUACAGGUCUGUAGAGCAGACAUUAUUCUACAUGUAUCCUGACAUCAGUAAACUGUCAGGCCAGAGUUUCUCCAGCAGCUGUUGUGUUGCGUCAAACUUGGACAUCAAUAUUUCCUCAUCUGAACUGUAUCUGCGGCCAUGAGUAUCUAAAUGCGCAUGCCUGGUUGCCCAGGCUGAGUGUCCACUCAUGCUGUUAGGACGUGUGCGGUGGACCUCAUGUCCUCUUAGCUUCAGCUCAUAACUGCUGUCAGCGCUUACUGUGGUGUCAGCAUUUUACUAGUUCCGAUGCUUUGUCCAUCAUCCCGUUUAGCCGUCAUGUUCCGCAACGUGUAUUAUUACUCUCCAUCCUAUCUGGAAUAGGUUAUGUUACUCUUGUGUAUGUGUGUAGGUAGGUCGAGUUCAUUUUUAGCUUCGGGUUAUUUUUUAGCUUACCGUUUAGAGAGUUAUCCCGUUCUCUUUGUCAAAUUUUUAGCUCAUUUUAUUUUUAGUGUUUCUUCACUUGCAUUUCGCCCUUCUGCCACUGCAACUUUCUUGUGUGGCUGUGUGCAGCCGCACUGUAGAAUUUCAAAACGUCGAAGCUCCAA